UUUUAUAUGAUAGAUUUACAAGCGAUGUAAAGUUAAAUAAUUAUUACUGAAUGCAGCGUUGUAAUGCUCUAUCUAACAUUAAUCUCGUUGUUUGUGUGAGUAAAGCGCGUCCACACGUGAAGACUCUCAGAUCGUGAAUCAGUUUACAUUAAACACGAGUUCAGACACUGAGAAACUAUUCAAGGGACUUCUUAUUGAUGUGAUUUAUUCGACAGUUUGGGUUUAUUAGUCUCUCUGUUAAUGAUUCUCGUCUUAAACAGACAGAAAAGCUGCUGAAACAGCUGAGAUUCAUGACACAUUAUUAUAAAGAUGGAGUUUAUUAAAGAGGAGACUGAAGAUGUGAAGAUUGAAGAAGCAUUCAGACUGAAACAAGAAGAUACCGAGGAACAAACAGACCUGAUGCCGCUGAAAGAGGAGAGUCAAGAACUGAAUGAAAAGGAAGAACAAAGUCUGUAUGAAAAUUUAGAUUUCACAACUGGAGAAAAAACUUUUGGUUGCUCACUGACUAAAAAGACAUCCACACAAAAUAGAAGCCUCUCCUGCAUUCAGUGUGGAAAGUUUUUAUCUAGCCAUGCAUACCUUGAAGUCCAUAUGAGAAUUCACAAAGGAGAGAAGCCUUUUACAUGCAAACAGUGUGGAAGGAGUUUCACUGAAAAAGGAAGCCUUACCAGGCACAUGAGAAUUCAUACUGGAGAGAAGCCGUUCACCUGCCAACAAUGUGGAAAAAGUUUCUCUGAUAGUGGAAACCUUAACGGCCACAUGAAUGUUCACACUGCAGAGAGACCUUUCACCUGCUCUCAGUGUGGAAAAAGUUUCAACCAAAGAAGAAUACUUAAAAAACACAUGCAAUUUCACUGUGGAGAGAAGCCUUUCAUAUGUCCACAGUGUGGAAAGAGCUUCAGGCAAAAAGAAACAUUUAACUCCCAUUUGAGAGAGCACACUGGAGAAAACAUGUUCAAAUGUGGUCAGUGUGGAAAGAGCUUCAGACAUAAAGUAACAUUUAACACGCAUUUGAGAGAGCACACUGGAGAAAACCCAUACGUAUGCGGUCAGUGUGGAAAGAGCUUCAGAUGUAAAGUAAAUCUUACAAUGCACAAAAGAGUUCACAUUGUUCACAAACCAGACGGACCUGAAAUGUCAGUUGCAAUCCCGACAGUAGCAUACUGUUUUCUAUUAAAAUAGUAAUAUAUUGUAGAAAACGAUGAAUUCUGGGCAUUAUCUUCCAUUUUCUGUGAUGGCAAAUUUACUGUGAAUUAAAGGGAACCUAUUAUGCCCCUUUUUUUACUAGAUGUAAUAUAACACCGGCUUCCCCAGAAUGUGUCACUGAUUCAGCUUAAAAUACCCCAUAGAUUAUUUAUUAUAUCAUUCUGAGAAUUACCAUUAUUGAGCGGAAGCAAAAACAUGCUAUUUUUGUGCAUGUCUUUAAAUGUAAAUGAGCUGUUGUUCCCCAACCCCUUCCCUGAAUAAGGUUAUGCCUUUACAGCUUACGUCUUGGAUAGUCUGUCAAAAUAAAACACAUAUUUGGUUUUGAUUA